AAGUUCAGAGCAUUGGGCUCCCUUCAAUUUUCCUUAGAGCACAGCCUUGAUCUUUUAUCAAAUUCUCUCAACUUAAUGUCUAUAGAAAUGCCUAGAGACCAGUUUGGAGAAUUUGUAAGUGGAUAUUGGGUCUUAAAGGGGUUAACCUAUAUCACUCUCACAAAGGGUUUCUCCUUGAAUCCAAAGCAAAUACUACCGCAUAUAGAGUGUUUCGACAUGACAUCACGGCGACCAUAUUGGUGUCCCAAAACAAUGAAACGGCAGCCAUGUUGGUGUCCCAAAUCAGUCCUGUGGGAGUUGAACUCAUUUCUAAUACAAACGCUUUCUUUUGUUCCAAUCAAUUUGCAUAGAUGCUGGCCACGUGAGUGAAAACACUCUAUAAUAAUUAUUUGUAUUAUUUUAUAUACUGCAACCGUUUAUUCUGUUUUCACUUAGCUUUUCUACGCCCUGAUGAGGACUAGUUUUGUCUAGUCGAAAUAUUGGGCAAAUAUAUUUGUAAAUUACCAACCCUUAGCAGUCCAAGCAGCCUUGCCUUCAAUUUUAAGUAAUAAUUAUAAUAUUGCUUGUUAUAGAUGUUAAUUUAUUUUCAUUUUCUUUGAUUUUCUUUUCUUGUCAUUGUAGGUGUGUAUCGUCACACUAGUGGAGGUGCUCUUGGAGGACAUGCUAUUAAGAUCCUUGGCUGGGGAGUAGAGGGUGGUGAUCCAUAUUGGUAAGUGCAUAGACUGCAAUACAGUAGCCUGUGUACAGAACUUCCUCCCCUCCCCUCAGGAAAAAUCAGAGAAGGGAGGGGAGGAGGGUCUGUACUACAAAACAGUUGCUGUCUCUGUUGGUGUUGUUGUUUGUUUGUUUGUUUUUGUUGCGGGCAGAAAGCGCAUGGGCCUCAGUUGAGUGUCAAAGUGGGGCACAGUCUCACUCUCUGUUUUCGCCCUCACUCCAGGCAUUUUCUUUGACCACACGCGCGGGCGUUCUUAACUUAGGCUAAAAUACGGGCUGUUUUGCAGUGUGGCAAGUGCACAAACUUAACUUCUGCCCAGGGGCCUGUUUCUCAAAAGUCCUGGUAACGUUUUGGGUCCCCAAAGCUGUUUUGUGUGUGGUUUUACAUUCAAGGUCAAAGUUUUGAUUUUAAAAUACCUUUGGGCCCGUAAAGUUUCCGUACCGUUUUGGGAAACAGAGCCCAGGGCCAUAAAAGGGCAGGGAGGAGGGGAGAGAGGGUAGGUAGAAGGAGGACAACAACAGGAAGUGGGGCAACAAUAGAUUAGAUAAAAAGGGCGGUCGCCAUCGCAGAAUUUUUAAAUUUCGGGAUGAUGUGCCGUUGAUCGGCGAAAAGUUUGAUUUUAGAUUUUACUUUUAAACAGCAGUUUAAGGCCUCACUAGAACAGUUUUUUAUUUUUAAUUGUGUUGCUGAAGAACAACAUGAACAGAGUAUCUGUGAGAAACUUUUGACAUGAUAUUUUUGGUAUUUGUUUAAGCUUGGUUAGGUAAACUUACCUGUUUCUUGUAGGCUGGUCGCAAAUUCCUGGAACACAGACUGGGGAGAUAAAGGUAAUUGUCGAGUUAAUGCACUAUAUAUAUUUGAAUCGAUUUGUCAAGUCAUGUUAAUAAAUUAUAUAGAUUUAACGAAAUGAAAUGAAGGGUCGUGGAUGUGAGGACAACAGACGUGCCCUCUUACAAUACAUUUUAACAUGUGAACAGUAAGCUCGGACGUCAGCAUACAAAGGCGCCACUGGCAGCUGCUCUCAGUCCAUUUAUGAGCUUACUGUACCCACCCAACCCAUGAUAUGAAUGAUGUGAUGAGUGAAGGUUGACCACAACACCGGGGUCUACGUCCCCUACUCUUUUCGAACAGUGGUGUGGGUUCUUUUACGUCCCACAAGAACUAGAUAAGUGUAAGUGAUGUGAGACGGGACCUACAGUUUUUCGUCCUUAUCCGAGAAGACUAGAAAGUCUAACCGUUUGCAGAUGUCAUUACAAAGGCAGCACUUUCUUCUCAGUUAUUUAAAGACCCUGAAUGUUGGCCCGGCGGGGUACGAACCCGUGAGCUCCCGCUCAGCAGACCGGCGCUCUCCCAACUGAGCUAACCAGGCGGCCAGGGCUAAGCCCAGGGCUAGAAGCGAAGCUCUCGAUAAUAAUUAAAGCCUGUUCAAACAAAAUAUAAAAUCGUGUAAUGCUAAGCGGCGAAGGCAACGAGAACGGUGAAAAAACAACAAUAGGUCUAAUUACCAACAAAAAGCAACUUUGCACGUGCUGCACACUUUUUUUGUACAUUUCUUUGCCGUUGUUUUGCACGACUACAACGUGAAACUUGCAGAAACUUCUUAGUCACACGUUUUUUGGAGAAAAUGUUGUACGUGUUCUCGUUCACUUUUUUUUCACUGCUGCUUAUUUUUACCUUACAUUGGCGGCCGCUAGCAUUUUCUAUUUUGUCACCGCUGCUGCAAAAUUUUCAUGUUGUUCUUCCAACAAAAAAUGUCUCCUUUUUUUUUUAUCUCUCGCUCUAGACCUCUGUCGCCCUUUUUCUCGUUGGGCUUCGCUGGCCUGCCGUCUACUUUCUCUGUCUUUCUCUUGCUCUAUAUUCCAAAUUUGUGGACAUGACAAUUAAAUCUAAGCUUCAUACUUUAGACAACACGAAUACAGAAACAAUUUCCACUUUCCGUUUUCGUCUUCAUUGACUCUUAAGAUGUGACACGUGUGGCUAUGCGAUUUCCCGCCAAAAUAACCUCGAGUUGCAUUUGGGUUGCCAUACCUGUUGAUUGAGUUAUUUUGCACUGGUAUGCCUGUGGUGCGGACGGACGGUCGCUCGCUCGGUGUAAGGUCACGUGAUUACCAAGUUUUCUGGGAUGGGUAGAUUUUCUUGCACAUGGUGCUUCGCUGGCGCGCCGCUAAUAAUUAUUAUUAUAGUGCAACCAGGGUAUUUUGAUGUGUAUCGCCUAUGGUAUCUUAAAAUAGAUUUUGAACUCGGACGUACGUGUAUAUGCAAUCAAUUGCUGUCGGUGCAAAUCCGCUGAAAACGGACGUUUAACACUUUUAUUCAAAGAAACCUUUCAAUCUUUACAAAACAAGGAUGUUACACGUUGUCCAAAAUCCAAACCAAAGGCAACGAAAGGCUUCAAAAACGUCGUUACUUCGGGUGAAAUCGCUCCACACUACGUCAAGUAACUUUGUACAAAAGCAGCUUAUCACAUGAUAACCUAAAGGCAGGAAGAAGAAGCAGGGAACCCAGCCGCAACAACAAGCGUCUAAAAAAUGGUACAUCUACAGAAGUGGCCCGCGUUGACUGAGAGUGUCAAUUAGGACUAUCAGUCAGAGGACAACAUUUCAAUUAUAUAUGAAAAAAUAAGUAAUUUUUGUGAUGCAAUGACAUGAACUUUUUACCUCAAUAACAAGCAACUUUUUCUUAAAUAACAAGCAACUUUUUCUUAAGAUUUUUUUUUUUUAUUAACAAAGUAGCUUUUAAUUUACCCAAACUUUUCUUAUCCUGCAUAACAAGCGUUGUCUUUUUCUGGAAGGCAAGAAGGCAAGAGCAAAGCGAGCGAGGAGCGCAAGACACGCGCGAAUUUUUCUGUUUUUUUCUCCUCGCGCGUGUCUGGCGCUCCUUGCUUGCUGCACGCUUGCCUUAACUCUCCGAAAAAAAAACGCGAAAAUGCAAGCUUAACCUCUCUUUUUUUUUUUUUCAUUGUAAGGUUACUUCAAGAUUCUCCGUGGGAAAGAUGAGUGCGGCAUUGAAUCAGGCGUUGUAGCUGGCAAAGCUAAAGUGCAAGAAGAACCAUCAGAGCUCGUCUCUUUUUAA